ACUCUGAAAUGAAUAUUACUGAUGGUUUCUAGUGUUUAAAUCCUGACAGAGUACAAGUGGGACAUUCAUAAAAAUCAAGUCUUUGCAAGAAAUGGUGUUGAGUUCUUUGUUUAUUGUUCAUUUGUUUUCUAGUUAGUGUUUUUUUUGUGGGAUGUGAAAUAUUUUAUUACCACUUUAGACUUUCAACACCAAAAAAAUCAUGUCUUUUUUGGCUGCCUAGCUACAAUUUGGACAGAAAAGAUUUGAUUGGAGGCUAGCUAGAAUGUUGGUUUGAAGAGAGCAAAAGUGGUUUGAGUAGAUUAAUUAGUGUCUUGCCUUUACUAAUUUUUCUUGGGAGACAAAAGGAGAAAAGUUGAGGUUGUUUGAAAUGGAAGCAUCAUGUUCAAAGAGGGCCAAGGCCCCCCCUUCAAAUGUUGCUCAUUGCUUGGUGGACGGAUGCAGCGCGGAUUUAAGCAAGUGCAGAGACUACCACAGGCGGCACAAGGUCUGCGAAGCGCACUCCAAGACCCCGAGGGUCACCAUCGAAGGCCGAGAGCAGCGGUUUUGCCAGCAGUGCAGCAGGUUCCACUCCUUGGUGGAGUUUGAUGAGGGAAAACGAAGCUGCAGGAAACGUCUCGAUGGGCACAACAGGAGGCGUAGGAAGGCCCAGGCGCGUAGUGGAGUGGAUGAGAGGCCCGCGCCACCACAGAUUGUAGCUGGUGGUGGUGUUGGUGUGGUGGGAUACCCUUGGUCCGGGGCGGUGGUGAAAGACGAGAAUGUGAUGGGAGGCUCGUUGCUGCAACAGCAGCUCAGCUACAUGGAUAAUAUUCACCGUCAGCAACUGCUAAUGAUCAGCAGCAGCUCCUCUUCCUCAGCCUUUGUGUCACAAAAUGUGAUGAUGGAAUGUGAUGGUGCUCUCUCUCUUCUGUCAUCGCCGCCUCCCGCCAUCGACUACCGCCAGACCACCACUUCUCCCACCUUGCAUCUUCCUCACCACAAUGUGGGAUCAUCCCAUCAAACUCUCUCCUUCACGUGGAACUGACUAGCUCAAUCAUCAUCAUCAUCAUCAAGAAUGUAUUUUCUUUCUCAUGUUUCAUGUGUGAUCAUGUUUUCUUUCUUAGUUAUAUGUCUAUGCUACAUUCUUGCUUCCCAGUAUUUGGAUAAAAUCCCAAAUCUCAAUGGAUUAGAGUUACUUUUUUAAAA